GCUCGUACGUUGACAACACAGUCCGUCAGCUGUCACGGGAUUGUUAGUUCUAUUUGCGUCGCUUCCUUCCGAUUUCAAUUGUUUCCGAAUUUCCCGUAAAAUUAAUCCUUGCAGAAGAAUAGUAAUUAUUAUAUUUCUGAAAAUUACGAAGAAAAUUAGAACAAAAUUCAGUAGCAAUGGUAAGCAGCAAUGAGGAAUCAUUCACUCGCCAGAUGCGAGCCGCAACGAAGGAGUCUCAUGAUAUCAGUGAUGCACUCGUCAACGCAAAAAUGGUUCUAGCUCUGAACGACAAUAGAGUCUGGGCUGACGGGUUGCUGAUAUUCUACGAAGUCUUCGCUUAUCUUGAACGGAAUGUACCACCUGAAAUUCUUCCGGAGGAUUAUCAUCGCAAGGAAGCCUUCGAAAAAGAUCUCGCCCACUUCCUGGGACCAGACUGGACGAACGAUUACUCCCCCCGGAAAGCCGUCCAGGAUUAUAUUGACCACUUGGAAGAAUUGAAAAAGGAGAAUCCUGAGCUUCUCAUUGCUUAUGUUUAUCAUUUGUAUAUGGGGCUAUUAUCCGGUGCGCAGAUUCUCCAAAAGAAACGUUCAAUUGCUCAGCGUUUGAACCCGUUGUCAUCCAAAAAUAAUAACACUAUCGGAGCUGAGGCGACGCAUUUUGAAAAUCACACGGCGUCAGAUCUGAAGAAAAGAAUGCGAGAGCUUCUCAAUGAGAGGGCCAAAGGCUACAGUGAGGAGACAAAGAAACGCGUCAUCGAAGAAAGUUUGAAGGUCUUUGAGUUGAACAAUAAGAUAAUCUCAACAGUGCGUGGUGUUAAUCAGGUGGCAUUCAAAAAAGUUAUGAUUGCUGGGCUAUUUUGUCUGUUGUCAUUUUUAGUCUAUAAAAUGUUCUUUAUGUAGAGAAUGAUGUACCAUUUUUUACAUACUACGUCGCUUGUGAUAACUUUGUAGGAGUAGAUAUAUUUUUGUAAGAUUAAACGUUAGCUAAUAAAAUUCCAAAUAAUUGAAA